UACAGCAACAGUCGCAGCAUAACACCAGGCAUCAAAUAAAAAAAAACGAAUUUAUAGCAGUGAUCCCAAAGUUAACCAAAAAAAAGUUGUCGAACCCCUCCCCCUAAGCGAAAAACAAAGAGAAAGGAAAUGCUUCUGUACGGUCAGAGUGAGAUCUGCUGGGAAAACUCAGUGGCGACAUGGGAUCUGCUUAAUCUUUGAACGGCGAGUAACUUCACUGCGGAAUAUUCGCCCGGAUCCAGACACACUCUCAAUCAUGAAGGGCUCUAUGGUGGGUUGUGCGGAUCAUUUAACUAUCCGGAUAUUCUCUGACAUAUGGAUAAUCUAUUGAACUCUCAUUAAAUCUUAUUGGAUUGACCAAUUCUGUGGAUAAUUUAAACACCUUUGGUUUUGCUAACGAACCCAUAUAAACAUGAAUGGAAGACCAUGUAAUAUUAGCCACCGGGGAACGGGUACUCCUCAGGGGCCAGCCUUAAUCAAUGGACAACAGAUCCCCCCCAUCAGAAUUCAGACAGAAACACCUUGCCCUUCUUCAAACAGCGCUACACCGAGUCCUGCUGCUGGAAUGCUCGCAAACAAUAUGCACAGGAAACGAUCAAUGAACGGCUGCCAGCAUCCUACCGCAACACCUCAAAACACCAGCAUGCCCGAAAAUGCCAUCCACUUACCCGCUUUAAGUCCGAGAAGGCAAGUAGUAUCAAAACAUACCUUUCAAGUACCCCAGCCGCCGGGUCAUUCAACAGCUCUUUCCUCAAAACCAAAAUCCAUGGAAUUUGGAGGCAUUUUUUCAAACAACAGUGUAAAAGGGAAUCCUGGGUUUGGACCACAAUGCAAAGCAAUUGGGAAAGGCACCAGCAACAAUCUAGUGGUUACAAGCAGUCCCAUGACAGUCCAGAGAACAGGGCUUCUACCAAACCAAGCAAUCAUCCCCGGCAACCACCUUAAUCGGGCAAUAUAUCAUCAGAUGAACCCAAAUCUAAACAUUCCUGCUACAGAUACAAGAUCGAUUACUUCAGGUGGAUCACUAGGCUCAACUGCAGUAAGUCUUAUAGAAAGCCAGUCAACCUUGAAUGUGAAGCAAGAGUGGCCACAUGGUUACCCAAUCCUUCCAUCACUCCCAUCAAACCAAGGUUCCCAGAAUGGCAGUGAACUAGGGGAUGUGCUGAGUAUACCACCUGGAACUGCCAUGUCCAGUAACAGCACUUCAAACUCUUUACCUUCUUACCUGUUUGGGAAUGAAAAUAGCUCACGCAAUUCUGCCCGAUCUAGUUCUGCUCGAUCGAGAAAAAGAGGACUUUCCACCUCGCCCUUUUCAGAUGGAGUUGGAAUCGAUCUCAUUAUUCGUACGUCUCCAACAUCAUUAGUAGCAUACAUCAAUGGGUCCAGAGGCUCCCCGGCUAAUGUUUCCCCUCAGCCUGAAGUGUGUGGGCAUUUUCUGGGGGUGAGAGGUAGUUGCAUCCCUCAAGCCUACAAUGCAACUGGUAAAGAACGAAAUCUCUUUACUUUUGCUGACCUUGAAGCUAGCAAUAGUGUGUACCAGAGAAUGCAGCAGUUGGAGCACUCUUCAUUGCACCCUAUGGUGAUGAACAACAUGGUUGUUCAACAGGGUAUUUCAGUGAUUGGUAACCAGCAGUAUGAUACAUUCAAAGAUGAGCAACUGGAUGAAUUCUCCUCGGGUAUGGAAAUACCUGCACUGCCCCAGGGUCCUCCACCACCAUAUCAUGCUCACCGGCAUCUUAUGACCCAUUCUCAUUCACAUGGGCAACCAUCACCACAAGGGACACAGCUGGAUGAGGAUGGUGAGCCAUCAAGAAUUAAUGGAAAGCACUGCUGCCGAUGGAUAGACUGCAGUGCAAUAUAUGACGAGCAGGAGGAGCUUGUACGACACAUUGAAAAGGCACAUAUAGACCAGCGUAAAGGAGAAGACUUUACUUGCUUCUGGGCUGGUUGCCCACGCAGAUACAAGCCAUUUAAUGCUCGCUAUAAACUAUUGAUCCACAUGAGGGUGCAUUCAGGAGAAAAGCCGAACAAGUGUACGUUUGAAGGCUGUAAUAAGGCAUUUUCACGACUGGAAAAUCUCAAGAUUCAUCUACGAAGUCAUACAGGGGAAAAGCCUUACCUAUGUCAGCAUCCAGGCUGCCAAAAAGCCUUUAGCAAUUCAAGUGACCGUGCCAAGCACCAGAGAACACAUCUAGACACAAAACCAUAUGCAUGUCAGAUCCUUGGCUGUACUAAACGAUAUACUGACCCAAGCUCCCUCAGAAAGCACGUGAAGGCACACUCCACAAAAGAGCAACAGGCUCGAAAGAAGUUAAGAUCCAGUAAUGAGCCAGAUCAGGAUAUGCUCAAUGACUGCCUCACUAUUCAACCACUGCAGCCUGCUACGUCACCACAAGAUGCUGUGGACAGCACUCUGGGUCGAUCCCCAGGGCCCCCUCAUGACAUGUAUUCGGGAAUGUUUUCCAGCACACAUUCUAGCCGAUGUGGAACAGCAACAGCCAUCAUUCCUUCUUCUCAUCCUCCCAACCAUCCAUCCCCUGUACACAAUAUGCAAGGAAGCCCCCACAACCCGCAGACACAGCUACCCUCCCUCCCAGUGGUAGAAGAGAGCAACGAGAGGUUUGCAGCCUCAGCUCCUUCUCCUCAUCACAUCAGUCCCAGGAGAGUUGCAGCGCCUCCUCCCUUGAUGCACAGAAGAACGCCACAACCAUCCCAAAUACAACAAUUUUCAGGAUCCCACCUCAAACCUUACCCACCAAUCACAGCCUCUUCAGCACAGCCUAGCAGCAUCCAUGUCCAAGGUUAUUACGGCCAGUUACAGACUUUCUACCCACCCCAAUAUAGCGAAGCUUGUAGAAAUAUGCGCCAAACCAGUCCUCACAACAUGGUACCGCCACUUGAAGACUGUCUGUUUCCCACAACUAUGGGUCAAGCUGGAUUUGAUGCCUUCCACAGAGCGUUGACUGCUCAUCCAGUUUAUGACUUUCAAACAACUUCCCCUGGGAUUUUCAGUGACUCGGUGCGGAAUUGCCCUGAAGACAAUGGUUUCCUCCAAAUUAAUGCAAUUGAUCGCUGCCCUAGUCAGCUGUCUUCCAUUUACACGGAGGGUUAAAAACAGGAGCAAAAAGAGUUACAACGAGACCAUCUCUCACAAUUUUUUCUCUUCCAUUUUAAACAAAUUCUUAAACCGUUUGAUACUCAAUGAGGUUAUUCUGGUGAAUUCAGACCCUACAUCCCUACCUCUCAGAGAGAGAAAGCGUGCUAUUCACAUAAACCAGCGGCUGAGAGGAGAAAAGUGGAACCCAAAUGCUAUGGAAGUACUUCAUAGAAGUGAAAUAGCCAAGGAAUCAAACUACUGCUAAUUCACCUAUUGCCAUAUUACAAACUACUUCUACAAAAGAAAAGGGAAUUCACAAUGUAUAUGAAGGGUCGUAUGUUGUUUUAUAUGGCGUGUUCUUGCUUUUUAACUAAUCUAUGUUUCUUUCCUUAAACACAAAAUAGAGCAAAAAAAAUGUGUUUUCAUCAAUAUGGCUAUCGAACAGAAAUUGUGCUUCCACACUAAGGACUCUGCACAUGGCACAGUGCCUCAGUCACCCAUUUCUUUUCAUAGUGGGUGCUGGUACAUGGGUGAAAGCUCCAACUAAUGGCGAUACAAACAAAAUCUUAGUUUUUUUAACAAAAUAUUGGAGCAUACUACUGAAACAGGUAUCAUUGCUUGUGAAGAGAAGAUUCCAGAACAGAUAAGUUUUGUGUUUUUUAAGGAGGUUAUUUUUGUUUUGCUUUUAUAUUAUCUCCUAUUUACAUAUGUAUUACUAAGUUCACACUAUUUUUAUACAUAUUUUCUAAAAUAUCUAUUUUUUAUUUCUUCGCUUUUCAAAUCAUUAGUAUGUAAAUUUAUAUUUUUCUGGCAAGGUUAAUUUUCCAAGUCUCAUUCACAAAGUUUAAAAGAUCAAAGCGUUUUUUUCUUACCGAAGUUUGGCAUUAAAUGAUCAAGAUUUCAGCAAAGGUUAAACUCCUCAUUCGCUAAAUUCAAAGUUUUGUUGCAAAAUGCUUUUACAAGUUUGUUUCAUUAAGAACAGAAGAAGAAAAUAAAAAAAAUAACAUCCCAAUUCUUGCAAUGUGUGAGUUAUGUGCCAGCAUUCUACUGUACGGAAAUUGUGACAUGAGUAAAACAUGAUAUCCUUAUUGAUCCAGUAUACGUGUAUUAAUCAACACUCACCUGCACAACAUUGUCCCUAUGUUAGACUGCAUCUUGCUGGAAGAUAAACAACAUCAACAUUGUCCCUAUGUUAGACUGCAUCUUGCUGGAAGAUAAACAACAUUUAAACAAUGCAUACUAUUAUUAAUGCACAAUUCAGCCAGCAGGUUGAGCAGAUUAAGAAAGACACUGUAACUGGUGAAUCCCAGAACAUUGCUAGUCAAUCGAUGCUGCUCUCCUAACCUUUUUAUUCUCAACUUCUCUGCCUAGGAAAGUUGGGCAAACUGCCCAUCCCAUUCAUGUGCAAAGGAAUUGUUGUUAUAAUUUUUUUAGACAUUAAAAGGGAUUUUUGUUUUUACCUUUUCUUUCCCAAUCUAAUCUACCUAACUUUUUCUUUGCUUUUCUUUCUGAAUUUUAUUUGAUUCUAAUUAUCCUUCCUCCUUCACUUAUCUUUCUUUCUCAAUCUUAAAGUUCUUUGCCUCAGAUAGAUAGGUGAUCCCAUUAUCCACAAAGGACACAGUUUUCCCAGAUGCCUUCUCCACCCAUUAUCAGCUUUCAAUUCUAGCAAGUUAAAAUGCAAAACCUUUUCAAAUAGGUAUAGAAAACAGUGCAAAACAACUGCUAUAAGAUGUUCUAUUCCAGCAAGAUAUAGCUCAUUGUCUAUGACAUGGUGGAAAAAAUUGCAAUUGUUUAUUUUCAAAUUCAAUUCCAUUGAUUACCCCUUUUUCAAAAACAACAAUAAAAAGG